AUGGAUUUACAAAGUUCAGAAGUCAACUAUGAGACGGGAUGCUCUUCAAGCAACGAUUUAAUGUGGAGUGAUGUUGCUUUUUCGUUCUACGAGAAUCAGAACAUUGAUGAAGAGUUUGGAUCUGGGCAAAAGCCUUUGAAGAAGUUUGGACUUCGUUUUGGUAACCGCAUUAUCAAACUUCGGGUGGCGGAUAGAUCAAGUAAGGCCCUCAUUUUCAUUCGUUCAGCGUUUAGUCCUUGAGAAAAAACGAUAUUUCUGCAAAAUAUGUUCGGACGCUUACUUUGAUGAUGUGCAAGAUCUGAAAGACCACAUGAUAUCUCAUAACACACCUAUAAUCAAAAGGAAAUGCGCCCAAUGCGAUCUUCAAUAUGUUUCUAGCCGAGCUCUGGCCAUUCAUUGCCGUUUCGUUCAUGGUAAGCCAUCGUUUAUCAAAGACCUACGUCUUUAGGAGAAACUAUGGGUUAUAAGUGUGAUCUAUGCGCGAAACAAUUCACCCGUAAGCAUUAUCUAAUACUUCAUACAAAAUCUCACGAAGUUGGUGAUCGCUUCUACUGCAAAAAGUGUGGAUACUGGUAUCGGCGAUAUGAAGAGCUGAUUGAACACGAAGCAUUCUGUGACAAGGGAAGGAGGGGACGGUAUAACUGCUCGUUUUGUGACAAGGCCUUCUCAUACCCUCGAGAUAAGGUGUUACAUGAAAGAACUCAUACUGGAGAGAAGCCCUUUUCGUGUUCUGUUUGCGGGGCUCAAUUCUCCCAGCCAUCUGCACUUACAGUUCAUUCAAGGAUUCAUAGAGGCGAACGAAAACAUUGCUGUAGAUUCUGUCCUGCCCGUUUUGUAGAUAGGUAUGUUUUGUUGGCGGUCGGCAACAUUUUUUUAGUUCGGCAGCUCGACGACAUGAAGUGAGGAUACACUUUUCCGAAGCCCGGUGUCAAAUAGUUAGUGAAUAA